CCUCCCACCAUUUCAUCUGUUCUUCGCAUUAUUUGCUCCGAGCUUCUGCUCACAUUCGUCUUCUGUUCUAGGGAGACGAUUUCUCACAUUUUCUGUAGCUUCAGAUUCAAAUUCAGUUAAACCUCCCGUCAAUCGAGUGAUCGGUUUAGACCGAAAUGGCCCGAGUUGGAGCUGUUGUUUCUCUGCUUUGUUUUAUUGUUGCUCUUCUGGGCACAGUUGUAAACGCGACCACAUUCACGGUUAUCAACAAGUGCACCUACACCGUCUGGCCUGGACUCCUCUCUGGGGCAGGGACUCCACAGCUGGCCACCACCGGCUUCGCCCUCCAGGCCGGUGAGGCGACUACCAUUGCCAUCCCUGCCUCCUGGUCCGGCCGCUUGUGGGGCCGGACCCUCUGCACCCAAGAUGCCACCACGGGGAAGUUCUCUUGCCUCACUGGCGACUGCGGCUCUGCUACCGGCCUUGAGUGCACUGGCAGUGGAGCCGCCCCGCCCGCCACCUUGGCAGAGUUCACGCUGAAUGGUGCUGGAGGGCUCGACUUCUUUGACGUUAGCCUCGUUGAUGGCUACAACCUUCCCAUGAUGAUCGUGCCCCAGGGCGGCUCGGGCGCUGGGAACUGUACGGCCACGGGAUGUGCCGGAAACCUGAACACAGCCUGCCCGACCGAGCUGAAGGUGAACGAUGGGACCGGGGGUGUUGCCUGCAAGAGCGCUUGCGAGGCAUUCGGCGACCCACAGUACUGCUGCAGCGGGGCCUAUGCCACCCCUGACACAUGCAAGCCAACCAUGUAUUCCGAGUUCUUCAAGGCCGCGUGCCCGAAGGCUUACAGCUAUGCCUAUGAUGACGGAACCAGCACGUUCACUUGCGCGGGCGCGGACUACUUGAUCACCUUCUGUCCCUCUCCUUCUACGAGUGUUAAGACGGCGGACCCGGUGGCAACCGACGUUUCGAGCGGUUCUACGGCCAAAGGCGCCGCUUCACUGACUCUAUCCGUUGCUGCCGUCAUCGCCUUGGCCGCAAUUUUGCGGCACUUGCUGUAGGCAUGCCGCCGCUUCUUAAGAGUCAAUUGGGGCCCCCACAUUCUCGGUGGGUCCCAUUUUAGGUUUUGUCUAACUCAACUUGGGGUGGGACCAAACGGGCAGCUUUCGAAGGUUAAUUUGUCAAGGACGGUCCAUCGGACCUAUUGGUGCAAUUUGCUGGAUAUUCGUCAUCACUUUCAGAACAAUUGGCCCCCUUGCUUGGUUGGCUCUCGGAGGUUCGAAAGAGUCUCUCGGGAUUGAUACGGAUGUUCCUGGAUGGUUUCGAUGGAACAGUCUCUGAGGAGGAUUGCAACGAGCACAGUUCGUGGACCGUUCGCCGUUCAUUUUCGUAGUUUUAGCCCUUGUGUAUAUAAUUUCCGACCGGCUUAAGAAAUUUUCAGGUUAUUUCUUUGCACUAAGAUGUAAUCCCAUUCAUCAUUAAUGGAAGCAGCCGUAUGGGUACAACGAUGUCUGAGCUGUUCUACAUAGUGGGAAUUUGUUCGCUACGCGGUUGAUGUCA